AUGCUCUGGUCGCUAUAUCUGAAGAGUUUCCGCUCUGGCGCUAUCAAUGAGCUCAACAAAGCGAUUGAACUUGGACUGAACACUCUCAAAGAAGUUUCCGAUGCUGGAUUUGCCCACGUCGAUCUCCUCAGUGUGGUAGCAGAUCUGCUCGCCCUUCGCCAUCAGCUGGCUCCAUCCGAUGGGCGCGACCUCGAAAGGUCAGUCACUCUGUACCGGGAAGUUUUGCGACUAUUCCCUCCCAACCGAGCAGACUAUUGGCUGUACGUGGACUGCCUGGCGGUCGGAUUGCGUCUGCAGUACCACUGGACCGGAGAGAUAAGUCAUCUCGAAGAAUCUAUUCAACUCGGGCGUUCCAUCAUCGGUUCAAUGCCAACUACCCACCCUCAGCGAUUUGUUCCCGCUCGCAAUCUGGCGCAUUCACUGAUGCUCCGCUUCAACGAGACAAGGCGCAUCUCUGAUCUCGAUGAAGCCAUCAAAUGGGAUCGUAUGGCCCUGGCGAGCAGUGGGACCUCACAUGUGUUAUAUCCGGAGAUUUCUGCUCAAGCUGUCUCCCGUCUUUGCAUGUUAUUUGACGCUCGGGGCUCAUUCGAGGCUUUGGAAGAAGCGAUUACCCUCGGCAACACCGUCCUGGACACGAUGGCUUCCGACAGUGUUCAACGCAGCGAUGUUAUCCUCGAGCUGUCAAAAGCUCUGUUACGCCGCGGGAGACAUCAAGGGAACGUCGCGGACAUCGACCGCUCCAUUUCGGAGCUAGCACGUAUCAAGGAAGUCAUGCUUCAGCGAACAGACGGUCCUGAGCUUCUGAGCACCCUCGCCGACUGUCAUAUCGUCAGAUUCCGCUUCAAUCGCAGCUACAAAGACGCGAACGAUGCCUUGGAGAUUAUCACUGGCUUAUUGGAUAAGCUGCCUCCUGGGCGUCCCGAGAGGUUUCGGUGCCUCGUAGGUGCCGCAGAACUCCACAUGGAGCUAGGAACAUCUUAUCGGAGUAUCCAAGCUGCACUCUCGCAUUUAGCCCGUGCUCUAUCCGACGAACACCGGGACGUUCGUUCUCGAAUUGAAGGAGCACGACGCAUACUUGAUAUCGCUGUGUCGCAAUAUCAGGAUAUCGUCCACUCUGAGGUCGCAGCACAUCGCCAACUGCUGGAUAUCUUUGCUCUUGUGGUGGGGCAUCUGCCCCGAGUGGCUUUCUUCGGUCUUCAUCUUCAUACCCGACUCCAGUCGUUGGCUAUCGGCCAGAGCAUCGCUCUCACCGGCGCAUCUCACGCGCUCAACAUCGGCUUACCUGACAAAGCAUUGGAAAUCCUUGAGCAGGGCCGUGCGGUCUUCUGGACCCAUGCACUACGCUUGCGCUCUCCGUUCGAUGCAGCGCCCAAGGAGAUCGGAGAUAGGUUGUCGAUCCUUGCCCGACAGCUGGAUAAAGUAUACGAUAAAUCGUCUACGGGAGAGAACCUGGGCGUUGUCGAAGCGGAGAUUGCUCGCAGAAGAGGUCUGAUAGAAGAAUUCAACGCCCUGCUCAACCAAGUCCGCAAACUACCUGGACUGAACAGAUUUCUGCUGCACGACGAGUUUACGACGUUGAGAAAGGCCUCCGAGAGAGGUCCGGUCGUAGUGCUGGUAUCCAGUGCGCUGGGGAGCCACGCUGUCCUUCUCAAGCAGGGGGGCGAUUGUGUCAGCAUUCCUAUCGAGCAUCUUCCUGACACUUGGCUCGCACAUUCCGGCACGGAGUGGCGAUCAAUCAUCGUGGAGGCGAGGGCGGAGAUGCGCGACUGCAGAAAGAUGGAAAAAUCGAAAAUCCCGAAGGCUCGAAGGACGGCUGCCGACGAAAUCUUGCGCCAGUUAUGGAUUGAGGUGGUGAGACCAGUCCUGAAUGCUCUAGGGCUCGAACCCUCCGAAGCCGGUGCUGGCGGAGAGUGGUGCUCGGAUUACGUCGUCUCCUCCUACAUACCGACCAUCGGGUCCCUUCUUGCUGCCAGAAACGCGUAUUCUCCCAUCCUCAAGGAGGACGUUCACGCGCUCGUCGCUGCAACGCCUCGGUCGAGCAUGUCGCAGUGGAGCGACCUCAUCAACACGCGCGAAGAAGCGAGAGCGAUCCGUGCCGUCUUACCAAGCGGAUCCACGAUGGAGCUGUCUCCCGCAGACGACGCUUGCAUUGAGGGCGGAAACGGGAUCACGGCGAAGACGCUGCUAAAGCUGCUCCCACAGACGAAUAUCCUGCACCUCGCGUGCCAUGGCCAUCAAGAUCUGGAGAAUCCGUUGCAGAGCGGAUUCAUUCUGCGUGACGAGAAACUCACGAUCGAACGACUCAUGCCUGUACCCCUCCCUCGCGCGUUCAUGGCAUUCUUGAGUGCUUGCGAAACAGCCAAAGGUGACUUCAAUCAGCCUGAUCAGGUGGUCCAUCUCGCCGCCGCCAUGUUCUUCGCAGGAUUCAAAAGCGUCAUCGCUACGCUUUGGUCCAUGGCGGACGCGGACGGGCCGGAGAUAGCUCGAUCUGUAUACAAGAAGAUAUUCAGCGGCAAAUUGGAUCACAUCGACCCCGAUGACAUCGCGUACGCCCUCGACGAGGCCGUCACGAAACUGCGAACCAUCCAGCCUGAGCCGCUCCGAUGGGCACCGUAUAUACACCUAGGGAUUUGA